GAAGCCUUUAGGGGUGCUCAGUGCUUUCAGGUCCUUUCUUGAAACCUCUCAUUCGCCCUCAGUCUGAAGCAAACGUAGGCAACACCUUGGAAGGGACGAAGUUGGUCUGCAGUGGCAAUUUCGUGGGUUCACGGUUGUGAGCACGGGGCUAGGAGAUGGAGCCCUGGUCCAGGUGGAAAACGAAACGAUGGGUCUGGGAUCUCACCAUCUCAACCCUCGCCUUGACUUUCCUCUUCCAAGCCAGAGAGGUCAGAGGAGCUGCUCCAGUUGAUAUACUAAAAGCACUAGAUUUUCACAAUUCUCCAGUGGGAAUAUCAAAAACAACAGGAUUUUGUACAAACAGAAAGAAUUCUAAAGACUCAGACAUUGCAUACAGAGUUACGGAGGAAGCCCAAAUCAGCGCCCCAACGAAACAGCUAUUUCCAGGUGGAGUUUUUCCUGAAGAUUUUUCAAUACUAUUUACAAUAAAACCCAAAAAAGGGACCCAAGCUUUCCUUUUAUCAAUAUAUAAUGAACACGGGAUUCAGCAACUUGGUGUUGAGGUGGGAAGAUCACCGGUUUUUCUAUUUGAGGAUCACACUGGAAAACCCAGCCCCGAAGACUAUCCCCUCUUCUCAACAGUUAACAUCGCCGAUGGGAAGUGGCAUCGGGUGGCAAUCAGUGUGGAGAAGAAAGCUGUGACAAUGAUUGUUGAUUGUAAGAAGAAAAUCACAAAACCCCUCGAUAGAAGUGAGAGAUCAAUAGUUGAUACCAAUGGAAUCAUGGUGUUCGGAACAAGAAUAUUAGAAACAGAUGUUUUUCAGGGCGAUAUUCAGCAGUUCUUGAUCACGGAUGAUCCCAAGGCAGCUUAUGACUACUGUGAGCAUUACAGCCCAGACUGUGACUCAACAUCGAAGGCUGCUGCUCAAGCUCAGGAGCCACAGAUAGACGAGUAUGCUCCCGAGGAUAUAAUCGAGUAUGACUAUGAGUAUGGAGAAUCAGACUAUAAAGAGAUUGAGAGUAUAACAGAGACACCCACUGUCACUGAAGAAACAAUAGCCCAAACAGAGAAAAAGAAAUCCAAUUACACAAAGAAGAAGAGGACUUUGACCACUAGCUCAAAGAAAAAGUCUAAAAAGUUCACAUCCCCCAAAUCUGAAAAAUAUGCAUCCAAGAAGAAGAAGCGUUACCCAGCAACAGCCAAUGCCAAACUAGGGGUCCAGGCAAAUAUUGUGGAUGAUUUUCAAGACUACAAUUACGGAACAAUGGAAACUUACCAGACAGAGUCUCCUAGGCGCUUAUCAGGAUCUAAUGAGCCCAAUCCAGUUGAAGAAGGUUUCACUGAAGAGUAUCUAACUGGAGAGGAUUAUGAUGUCCAGAGAAACAUUUCUGAGGAUGUUCUGUAUGGAAACAAAGGAGUAGACGGCAGGGACUCUGAUCUGCCGGUAGAUGGAGAUUUAGGCGAAUAUGAUUUUUAUGAAUACAAGGAAUAUGAAGAAAGGACAACAACCUCCCCUAAUGAAGAAUUUGGCCCAGGUGUCCCAGCAGAAACUGAUUUUACAGAAACAAGUAUAAAUGGCCAUGGUGCAUAUGGAGAGAAAGGGCAGAAGGGGGAACCGGCUGUGGUUGAACCUGGAAUGCUUGUUGAAGGACCACCCGGGCCAGCAGGACCAGCGGGUCUAAUGGGUCCUCCAGGUCAACAAGGCCCUUCUGGGCCCCCCGGUGACCCUGGUGAUAGGGGCCCUCCAGGACGUCCUGGCUUACCAGGGGCUGAUGGUCUACCUGGACCACCUGGAACCAUGCUGAUGUUACCAUUCCGCUAUGGGGGCGACAGCUCCAAAGGACCAGUCGUCUCUGCACAGGAAGCUCAAGCUCAGGCGAUUCUUCAGCAGGCUCGGAUUGCUCUGAGAGGCCCACCUGGCCCAAUGGGUCUAACUGGAAGACCAGGUCCUGUGGGGGGUCCUGGUUCAGCUGGAGCCAAAGGUGAGAGUGGGGAUCCCGGUCCGCAGGGUCCCCGAGGUGUCCAAGGUCCACCUGGUCCAACAGGAAAGCCUGGAAAGAGGGGCCGUCCAGGUGCAGAUGGAGGACGAGGCAUGCCAGGAGAACCUGGGUCUAAGGGAGACCGAGGAUUUGAUGGACUUCCAGGUCUACCGGGUGACAAGGGUCAUAGGGGGGAGAGAGGCCCACAAGGUCCUCCAGGCCUUCCUGGUGAUGACGGAAUGAGGGGAGAAGAUGGUGAGAUCGGGCCCAGGGGUCUUCCAGGUGAAGCUGGUCCACGAGGCUUGCUGGGACCACGAGGAAGCCCAGGACCUCCUGGGCAACCUGGUAUUGCAGGUAUAGAUGGCACCCAAGGACCGAAAGGAAACAUGGGUCCACAAGGGGAGCCUGGUCCACCAGGUCAACAAGGGAAUCCAGGACCUCAGGGUCUUCCUGGUCCGCAAGGCCCUAUUGGUCCUCCAGGGGAAAAAGGUCCACAAGGAAAGCCAGGGCUUGCGGGGCUUCCCGGUGCUGAUGGGCCUCCCGGUCACCCUGGAAAAGAAGGCCAGUCAGGAGAAAAGGGGGCCCUGGGUCCUCCUGGUCCACAGGGACCUAUUGGCUAUCCUGGUCCCCGGGGCGUAAAGGGUGCAGAUGGUGUCAGAGGUCUCAAGGGAUCUAAAGGAGAAAAGGGUGAAGAUGGCUUUCCAGGGUUCAAAGGUGACAUGGGACUUAAAGGUGACAGAGGCGAGGUGGGUCAAGUUGGCCCAAGAGGAGAAGAUGGCCCCGAGGGGCCCAAAGGCCGUGCAGGCCCAACUGGAGACCCAGGACCCUCGGGCCAAGCAGGAGAGAAGGGGAAACUUGGGGUUCCAGGAUUGCCAGGAUAUCCAGGAAGACAAGGUCCUAAGGGCUCCACUGGAUUUCCUGGAUUUCCAGGUGCCAACGGGGAGAAAGGUGCCCGGGGAGUCGCUGGCAAACCAGGGCCCCGGGGUCAACGUGGUCCAACGGGUCCUCGUGGUUCCAGAGGUGCCAGAGGUCCCACAGGGAAACCUGGGCCGAAGGGGACUUCAGGCGGUGAUGGCCCUCCCGGUCCUCCAGGUGAAAGAGGCCCUCAAGGACCUCAGGGUCCAGUUGGAUUCCCUGGACCAAAAGGACCGCCUGGCCCUGCUGGGAAGGAUGGACUACCAGGACACCCUGGACAGCGCGGAGAGACCGGAUUUCAAGGAAAGACCGGUCCCCCUGGGCCAGGAGGUGUGGUUGGACCACAGGGACCGACUGGUGAAACUGGUCCAAUAGGUGAACGUGGGCAUCCUGGGCCUCCUGGGCCUCCUGGUGAGCAAGGACUUCCUGGUGCUGCAGGGAAGGAAGGUGCAAAGGGUGACCCAGGUCCUCAAGGUAUCUCAGGGAAAGAUGGACCGGCAGGAAUACGUGGUUUCCCAGGUGAAAGAGGCCUUCCUGGAGCCCAGGGUGCACCUGGUCUGAAAGGAGGAGAAGGUCCCCAGGGCCCCCAGGGUCCAGUGGGUUCUCCAGGAGAGCGAGGCUCUGCAGGUUCAGCAGGCCCAAUUGGUUUGCCAGGCCGUCCAGGCCCCCAAGGCCCUCCUGGUCCAGCUGGAGAAAAGGGUGCUCCUGGAGAGAAGGGUCCUCAAGGCCCUGCAGGUAGAGAUGGAAUCCAAGGCCCUGUGGGUCUUCCAGGGCCUGCUGGGCCUGCUGGUUCUCCUGGUGAGGAUGGAGACAAGGGUGAAAUCGGAGAACCAGGCCAAAAGGGCAGCAAAGGGGACAAAGGCGAAAAUGGCCCUCCUGGUCCCCCAGGUCUUCAAGGACCUGUUGGUGCCCCUGGAAUUGCUGGAGGAGAUGGUGAAGCAGGUCCCAGAGGACAACAGGGAAUGUUUGGACAGAAAGGGGAUGAGGGCGCACGGGGCUUCCCAGGGCCUCCUGGACCCAUAGGUCUUCAGGGUUUGCCAGGACCGCCAGGUGAAAAGGGUGAAAAUGGAGAUGUUGGACCCAUGGGUCCACCAGGUCCUCCUGGCCCACGAGGCCCCCAAGGUCCCAAUGGAGGUGAUGGACCACAAGGACCCCCAGGCUCUAUCGGUUCUGUUGGUGGGGUGGGACAAAAGGGUGAACCUGGAGAAGCAGGGAACCCCGGACCCCCUGGUGAAGCCGGCACAGGUGGUCCCAAAGGAGAGAGAGGAGAGAAAGGAGAAGCUGGGCCUCCUGGUGCUGCAGGUCCUGCUGGUGCUAAGGGGCCACCUGGUGAUGAUGGUCCCAAGGGGAACCCAGGGCCUGUUGGUUUUCCUGGAGAUCCUGGUCCACCUGGGGAACCUGGCCCUGCAGGGCAAGAUGGUGUUGGAGGUGACAAGGGCGAAGAUGGAGAUCCAGGGCAACCGGGUCCCCCUGGUCCAUCUGGUGAGGCUGGCCCACCAGGUCCUCCUGGAAAGAGAGGUCCUCCAGGGGCUCCGGGUUCAGAAGGAAGGCAAGGAGAAAAAGGUGCUAAGGGAGAAGCUGGUGCUGAAGGACCUCCUGGGAAAACUGGCCCUGUUGGACCUCAGGGUCCUUCUGGAAAGCCUGGUGCAGAAGGCCUUCGAGGCAUCCCUGGUCCUGUGGGAGAACAAGGACUCCCUGGUGCUGCUGGCCAAGAUGGACCCCCUGGUCCUCUGGGACCUCCUGGUUUACCUGGUCUCAAAGGUGACCCUGGCUCCAAAGGAGAAAAGGGACAUCCUGGUUUAAUUGGAUUGAUUGGUCCUCCAGGAGAACAAGGCGAAAAAGGUGACAGAGGUCUCCCUGGGACUCAAGGUUCUCCGGGAGCCAAAGGGGAUGGAGGCAUCCCAGGUCCUGCUGGUCCCAUUGGCCCUCCUGGUCCCCCAGGAUUACCAGGUCCUGCUGGCCCGAAGGGUAACAAAGGAUCUUCUGGACCUACUGGACAGAAGGGCGACAGUGGUCUGCCAGGACCUCCUGGGCCUCCAGGUCCUCCUGGAGAAGUCAUUCAGCCACUACCUAUUUUGUCACCCAAAAAAACAAGAAGACAUACGGAAGGCGUUCAGGCCGAUGCAGGCGAUAAUAUUCUCGACUAUGCAGAUGGAAUGGAGGAAAUCUUUGGUUCCCUCAAUUCUCUGAAACAAGACAUUGAACAUAUGAAGUUUCCCAUGGGCACGCAGACAAAUCCAGCACGAACGUGCAAAGACCUGCAGCUUAGCCAUCCCGACUUCCCAGAUGGUGAAUAUUGGAUUGAUCCUAACCAAGGCUGUUCUGGAGAUUCCUUCAAAGUUUACUGUAAUUUCACAGCUGGCGGUGAGACAUGCAUCUAUCCUGACAAAAAAUCUGAGGGAGUAAGAAUCUCAUCAUGGCCAAAGGAGAAACCAGGAAGCUGGUACAGUGAAUUUAAGAGGGGAAAACUGCUCUCAUAUUUAGAUGUGGAAGGCAAUUCCAUUAAUAUGGUGCAAAUGACAUUCCUGAGACUCCUGACUGCCUCUGCCCGACAAAAUUUCACCUACAACUGCCAUCAGUCAAUUGCGUGGUAUGACAUGUCAUCGGCAAGUUAUGAUAAGGCACUUCGGUUUCUGGGAUCCAAUGAUGAGGAGAUGUCCUAUGAGAACAACCCACACAUCAAAGCCUUGUAUGAUGGUUGUGCGUCCAGAAAAGGCUAUGAAAAGACUGUGAUUGAGAUCAAUACUCCAAAAAUUGAUCAGGUACCCAUCAUUGAUGUAAUGAUCAAUGAUUUUGGUGAUCAGAAUCAAAAGUUUGGAUUUGAAGUCGGUCCAGUUUGCUUCCUUGGCUAAGAUUUGGAUGAAGACUAUAUGAAACCAACAGAGAAAGUACCUUGGUACCUGCCACCAACCCAUUUCAUGCCACAUGCAAGUUUGCAAUAAGGACAGUAGAGAACACGUGUUUAGGAAUCACCGACACCUGUUGGAGGCCAAGUCAGAGGGCAGAAGUUCUGGUAGUCAUACCAG